UGUUAUUGCACAUGAUCAAUUAGAUUCUAAUGUGGUAAGAUAAUUACCUCCUGUAAAUUUUGCCAAGUUGGUUAUAUCAAAGCUCUUUGACAGCCAUGGCUGUUAGCAAUGAAUCUUCAGAGUCAAGCAAGCCACCUGCUCCUAAUGCCACCACCUCAACUUCCAAGCUGGAAACAAAGAAGUCUCAGCUCACCAUCAAUAUUAUUGCAGAUGACUUGCCUUAUGAAGAAGAGCUCAUACGCAAUCCAUUCUCAGUGAAGCAUUGGCUGCGUUACAUUGAACACAAGAAAAGCUGCAUCAAAGAGGAACUUGAACUGCCACUUGAGAAGCGAAAAUUCAGUGACAAAGACCUGCAUUAUUUGUAUGAACGCGCUCUCCUUCAGAUGCCAAUGAGCUAUAAGCUCUGGAGUCAGUACCUGAAGCUGCGCCUCUUGGCAAUGAAAGAUUCUUGUCUUGCAAGCCCAGCAGCAGAGAGCGUCAACAACACCUUCGAGCGAUGCCUGGUCUUCAUGCACAGGAUGCCUAGGAUCUGGCUGCUCUACCUACAGUUCCUGAUGGACCAGCAAAAAAUUACCAGAACCAGGAAGACUUUUGACCGUGCCUUGUGUGCGUUGCCAAUAACCCAACAUGACAGGGUAUGGGACUUGUACCUGAAGUUUGUGAUGAUGCAUGAUAUUCCCGAGACUGCCGUCAGGGUGUGGAGGAGGUACCUCAAGCUUAAACCUGAAGACACUGAGGACUACAUCAACUAUUUGGUGGCACAGGGGCGCCUCCAGGAGGCUGCACGGCAGUACGAGUGGUGUGUGAACACCGAUGCUUUCGCCUCAAAGUAUGGUAAAAGUAAAUACCAAUUGUGGAGUGAACUGUGCGAUUUGCUAUCCAAUAACCCAGAGGAAACAUCACUCCACAAUGCAGAGGCCAUCAUGCGGCAUGGGUUACAGCGUUAUGUGGACCAGACAGGUCGUCUCUGGAACUGUCUAGCCCAAUAUUACAUCAAGAGCGCCUUGUUUGAACGUGCCAGGGACGUGUAUGAGGAAGCCAUGCGCAGCGUUAUGACCGUGCGCGACUUUACUCAGGUUUUUGACGCGUAUGCCCAGUUUGAGGAGCUGCUGCUUAGCAAGCAGAUGGAGGACGCCAAGCUCGACGAUCAGUUGCAACAGGAUGAUUUCAACCUCAGACUGGCCCGUUACGAGGAUCUGAUCGAGCGACGCGCGCUGCUGCUGAACAGCGUCAUGUUGCGCCAGAACCCCCACAACGUCAUCGAGUGGCAGAAGCGAGUGUCCCUGUAUGCUUCCAAACCCAAGAUGGUCGUAACCACCUACAUGGAGGCUGUCAAGACCAUCGACCCUAAACAGGCGGCUGGCAAACUCUGGCAACUGUGGGUUGACUUUGCUUGCUUCUAUGAGAACAAUGGUCAGUUGAAAGACGCUCGUCUGAUCCUUGAGAAAGCCACACAGGUUGCCUACGUCAAGGUGGACGACUUAGCAAGUGUGUGGUGUGAGUGGGCCGAGAUGGAGCUAAGGAACGACAAUGAGAAGCAGGCCCUACAGCUUCUCAAGCGUGCCACUGCCAUACCAGGAGCCCGCGUUGACUACCACGACGAGAGUGAGACCGUGCAGCGGCGUCUGCAUAAAUGUCUCAAGCUUUGGUCUCUGUACGCGGACUUGGAGGAAAGUUUAGGCACUUUCCAGUCAUGUAAGGCGGUUUAUGAUCGCAUCAUCGACCUCCGUAUCGCCACUCCUCAAAUCAUCAUCAAUUACGGCAUGUUCCUCCAGGAGAACAAUUAUUUUGAAGAAGCUUUCAAGGCGUACGAGAAAGGCAUCGCGCUCUUCAAAUGGCCAUACGUGUACGACAUCUGGAACACGUACCUCACCAAGUUCCUGGAGCGCUACAAGGGCAGCAAGAUAGAACGCGCGAGGGACCUGUUCGAGCAAUGCCUUGAGAAAUGUCCUGCCAAAUACUGCAAGGCGCUCUACCUCCUCUAUGCCAACAUGGAGGAGCAGCACGGGCUGGCCAGACAUGCCCUGCAGGUGUACAGUCGCGCGACCAAGAGCGUACCUCCUGACCAGAAGCUGGAGCUGUACAACGUCUACAUCCAGCACGCCUCGCAGCUGCACGGCAUCGCCAAGACCAGAGCAAUUUACCAGGAAGCCAUAGAGGAGCUGCCUGACGUGGGAGCCCGCGAGAUGUGCAUGAGGUUCGCCGAGACCGAGCGUCUUCUCGGCGAGAUCGACCGCGCGCGCGAGAUCUUCGUGUACGCCAGCGAGCUCUGCGACCCGCGCGUCACCAAAGAAUUUUGGGACAAAUGGACGGACUUUGAGGUGCAGCAUGGCAACGAGGACACCAUGCGAGAGCUGCUCAGGAUACGACGGUCGCUGCAGGCCAAGUACAGCACGCAGAUCAAUCAAAUGUCGGCGCAAAUGCUCUCUUCCGCUGCAGCAGCUUCUACACCUGCAGCCGCUGCCUCUGCAGACAGCAUGCAGGCCUUGGAGGCCCGUACAGCUGCAGCAGCUCCCUCAGCAGCUGCGGUCACACAACCACCUGGCGAGGCGAGGAUCUUGUUCGUGCGCAGCGACACGAGCGCGCGGGACGAGGAGGUCGCCGCCGCCGCCCGCGUCCCCAACCCUGAGGAGAUCAACCUGGACGAUGAGGAGGAGGAGGAGGAGGAGGAGGACUUGCCACAGCCCAAGGCUGUACCCAGCGAAGUCUUUGCUGGUCUCAAGUGAACAACCGCUCCUACACCAGCCGCUGUGCUCACUGUCUGCACUCUCAUCAGAUGAUAAGAAAAUAAAUCAAUAUAAUACCA